GACGGAUAUUCAAUAAUCAAUUAACUACCCACUGGGUUGGGGCCACUUGGGAUCAAUUCUUCUUCGUCUACCACUAUGACGCCCAACCCAACAGCCUUGUCUCUCUACCGACGGUCCCUCAAGCUUGCCCUCGAUUGGGCCGUCCAUCGUCAUCUAUGGCGUGGCCAGGCUGUCUAUAUCCGUUCGCUCUUUGAUGCAAAUAGACAUGUGAGGGAGCCUCGACAACAGAAAGUUUUAUUCCGCGAGACCGAGAAGUUGCUGAUAGAGUGGAAACAUCCUGAUCCGUAUAGAGCCCCGACGGCACCAGGCGGGAGCAAAUACGAGCGAAAUUCCGAAUUACCAAUUCUACCAUUGGGCAAAGCACAACAUGAAAUAAUGGAGGAAGAGGAACAGCGAAUUAGAGAAACUUCAAGACUUAACCAGGAAAAAGCACAGAGGCAGAAAGCAGAUGAGCAGGAAGUGAUCAGACUUGAAAAGGAAUAGAACCUUCAGUGAUUUUGUUUAUGUGUGUAUGUGUAACACUGGGUUGAGUAUUUUUUGCUAUAGAGAAAGGAAGAGACAUCCUCAGUAUAAGUCCUUUCUAUGUAUAUAACUAAAUGUUUCCUUUGGGUUUUCUUUUCCAAUAAAUUAUCUCUCAGUCA